AUGGCGGAACAGAAACAGAAAAAGCAAUUUCGCAGGCGAAAAUACUCCUCUAGUAGCGAUAAUGAUUCAGAAAAAGAAGAAGAAACAAGGACUGCCGUUGAGGACAUGAAAGAACUACAGAAAAUGAGAAAGCGCCCUCGAGGCGUUGAUGUGGCUACAGGUUUAAAUGCUGGCGUUAGUGAGCCAAAACCAGAAGAGCAGGGAAAGAAAGUGGACCCAUUCAAAUUGAAAUCUGGAGGAGGUAUCAUCAGCAUGCAGGAUCUGAAAAAGAGCCGAGGAGGGGACAAAGACGAAGAUGAAAUAAUCGGAACGUCAUUCGCUGCCGAAACGAAUAGGAGAGAUGAGGAUGCCGACAUGUUGACAUACGUGGAAGAGGAAUUGAAAAAAAGAAAGGGGCUGAAUACUGAUGCAGAUGCUGCUGCUCAAAAGCAGAAGACGGUGGAUGAUGUAUUGCUUGAUUGUCCAGAACAUCUACGAUCUUCGACGGGGAAAAAGACAGAAGACAUGUUGUCCAAUCAGAUGUUGUCCGGUAUACCAGAAGUUGAUCUUGGAAUAGAAGCUAAAAUCAAGAACAUAGAAUCGACAGAAGAAGCGAAACAAAGAAUGAUAGAGGAGCGACGGAGGAAAAAAGAACAAGAAGUGUCUGAUUUUGUGCCGACGAAUAUGGCCGUCAAUUUUGUGCAGCAUAACAGAUUUAAUAUUGAAGACUCAACGCCCCUCUUGAAAAAGGAUGAAACGCCCGCAGCAAAGCCUUUACGAGUCGGAGACGCUGAGAAGUUUUCAGCUAACAAAGGCAAAAAAGGAUCUGAUAAAACAACGGAUAAAGCCACGGACGAUUUCCAUUACGAAAAGUUCAAGAAGUACAUGAGGAGAUAACACAAGGAUUGUUUGAUGCUUUGAGAGACAAUUUUAACGAAAAAGGACUGAGAACAAUUCGCAAGGUGUUCACCUCAUGCAUGUACGUGUUUGUUAUGGCCAGUAGAGAGGAAAUACGAAGCUCUGGGGCUCUGUGGUAGAUGUACACAUAACAGUUGCCAUUCCAAUUGAAGUCAGUAUCUUGUUUUCAUGUAAAAGAACUUACGUUAUCUUUAUUCUAUAUCCUGGCAUACCUGAAAAUGUUUUGCAAUAAUAAUGAUAAUAGUGAGUUCUUGUAUAGCGCUUUUCACUGUAAUAUCUACUGUCUCAAAGCGCUUAACAAUCGCAAUCAUUAUUACCCAGCCUAUCCAGAGACCUUUCUGGAGAACCAGGAAGGGAGAAAGUGAACAUUUCUCACAUGUAUGAUAUCAAAAUGAAGAAAAUAAAC